AUGCCCGAACCAGGCAUCUCGCAGUUCACCUCUGUCUUCCGGGCCACCGAUUCAUACCGCGUGAAGCGCUUCCGCCCAGCCGUCUCCUGCACAGCCUGUCAGCGGCGCAAGUCGAGAUGCGAUCGCCAGCAUCCGUGUGGCGCCUGCGAGAAGCGCAGCGUGGGCGAUGCCUGCUCUUACAGCUCAGCGCCUGCAUCAUCGUCAACAGCUAAUAACAGCAGAGCAGCCGGCAGCGGGAGCAGUCGGCAGGAUGUCCAGCUCAAGCUCAGCCAGCUGGAGCAGAUGGUGAGGGGGCUGGCCGAGAACCGCCUCGCAAAGGGCGAGUCGGCGCCGUUACAUGAUGGCCAGCGCUCAUGCGAUGAUAAAGAGGAGCUGGAGACGAAUUAUCACGGGGCAACUUCGUGGACUGCGCUGGUUGAGGGCAUUCGCGAUAUCCAGGACGUGCUGGCGGCGGAUAGAGAGCCGGACUAUGCUGAUGGCGUGGAGGCAACGGAGCCCGAGGUUGUGCUGGGAGACGUGCCGCCCACGACCAUCAAGGACGUCGUGGAGAGUCUGCCGUCGAGACAGGAAGCCGAUAAGCUCAUCAUGGCGUAUUUCAGAGCAAAGUUCCUCGCCGUCAUCUUUGUCCAUACGCACCAGUUCAAGCGGCGGUACGAUGCCUUCUGGACGGACCCCUCCUCUGCCGACUUUCUCUGGAUCAGCAUCCUGUUCUCCAUCCUCAGCAUCGGCACAAUGGUUGUAAACACAAAAGAGGCAGACGCCACAUCCUCCAGCUCGUCCACAUCAUCAUCGCCCUUCACGGUAGGGCCCGACUCGCGCUUCUACAUGAACAAGGCCGCCCAAUGCCUCGUCGCAGGGCAGUACUUCAAGGGGCGGCGCUUCUCCGUCGAGGCGCUCCUCAUGCACGCCCACUCUCGCAACGUCCAGAAGCUAGAUUCUGAUUCGUCACUGUGGUUCCUAUACGGCCUUGCUGUGCGGCUAGCGCAGAGGCAAGGCUAUCAUCGUGACGCAGCCAAGGUGUCGAGCAACAGGGCCAUGACGCCCUUUGAGGCGGAGAUGCGGCGCAGGACGUGGUUCGUGAUCCAGUCGACAGAUCUGCUCUUCUCGUUCCAAAACGGCAUGCCCCCCAUCAUCACCCAGGAUGUCUGCGACGUGGACCCUCCUACGAAUCUCACCGACGAUGAUUUCGACGAGGAUACCAAAGUGCUGCCCGCUCCUCGUCCACCAACAGACCCCAUCCCCGCCCUCGCAUGCAUCACAAAGUCAAAGCUCUGCCGUGUUAUGCGCCGUGUAGUGCGCCACGUCCUUGCCGUCACUCCAGCUCCCUACGCCGAAACGCUAUCUCUCGACCAAGAGCUUCGAGAGUGGCAUGCUUCUGUACCAGCUUGCCUGCGCAACCGCACCAUCCGCAACACUGCUUUUACAGAUGCCAAUUACACAAUCAUGCAUCGACUCAUGCUCGAACUAAUGUACCUCAAGAGUUUGUGUAUCCUCCACCGCCCCCAUCUCACAGUACACAAGCACGACGCCGAGUAUGACGCCUCGAGGCGGAUCUGCAGGGAGUCAGCGCUCACGAUCCUGGAAAUACAGGCAGAGCUUGACAUUGAGACCGGGGCGGGAGGAAGAAUGUACGAAGACAGGUUCAUGGUUUCGAGCCUAACGCUGCAUCACUUCUUGCUUGCGGCGAUGAUCAUGUGUCUCGACCUAAGCGAGUCUACAGGCAUAAGCCCAGAAGACAGAACCAAGCGCAUAACCACGCUCCGCACCGCCUAUUCCAUCUGGUCCGCCCGCCGCACCACCUCAGUCGACGCCCUCCACGCCUCCAGAGUGCUCGGUGCUAUUCUCAGCCGCAUCGAUCCCCCAAGUAUUCUCACAUCCAGCUCUUCCGCUCAAAUGACCAGCACGCCAAGUUCCUCCCUCCCACAAAGUUACGGAAGCGUUCCUACAAUAUCAGAGGAAAUGAUGCCGCAGCAACCGUUGGCUCUCAAUGGCAACGACAUCCCAGCUUACAACGUCACAGACGACAUGUCGUUCGCAGAUGGCACUAGCGAUGCUAUGCUGAGUUUCGAAGAAAUGUUUGACGAUACAAACAUGUUUGAUUGGGGUUCUUUCGACCAGUAUAUUCAAUCUGACUCCAGAUCCUGGAGACAAUUCUUCUCCGACACCAGCUUAUAG